AUGACAGGGUGUCUUUGUGAAGAUCACUCUCACCUUUCUCACCCUCUUUCUUCUUUUCAACUCUCACUCUUUCAUCAAUUUCUUUCUUUUAUAUCACUUUCUUCUCUUUCUCUUUCUUCCUCUCCACUCUUUUUCUUUUUUUACAAGAACCCCUUUUAUGUGUUCUUUCAUUUAUACCCCUCUCCUCUCUCUCUCUCACAGACACACACACACACAUUUUUCUUUACAAUUCAGACCCUUUCUUCCAUUUAUUUGUAUUAUAUCACUUUCUUCUCUCCCUCUUUCUUGCUUUCCUCUCUCUCUUUUUUGCUUCGGGACCAUUUUUUUACCCUUUCUUCCAUUUAUUUCUUUUAUAUCACUUUCUUCUCUCUCUCUCUCUUCUCCCCUCUUUACCUUCUCUUUUUUUAUAUAGACUCUUUCUUCUUUUUUCUCUUAUAUCACUCCCCCACUCUCUCUCUCUCUCUACAAUGGACUGGACUUAUCUCUGUCUAUCUGCAUGUUACUCUGGCGAUGAAUCAAUCUAUUUGCAUAAAUCUAUGUUUGUAUGCAAAUCAAGCAUGGCACAUGCUUCCUUGA